UACUUUUCCCCGAGCGAUGGUUUAGCGGAUUCGGAAUUGUAACCAAGCAUCCUGGGUUCUAUUAUACCCGAUUCAACACUAGAGCAUGCAGCCGAUCCUGGAUACAUAACUAUAUAAAGUGUGCAGUGAGGGAUCUUUAUUGGUAGCCAGUCUUUCACUUCUGCCUCUCCACUCCCAUGCCUUUCUUGGUCGGACCAACCCAACCGGCGAUUUCCGACAAGUCUUUCUGCUUAGAGCAAGAAGCGGAACCAAAAUAAAGCUUUCUUUAUUUUCAUUUAUGGAUAACCAAUCCAUUUUCCAAUAUAGUUGGGAGAUUUUACCCAAGAAAUGGGUACAUAAAAUGAAAAGAUCGGAACAUGGGAAUAGAUCUUAUACCAAUACUGACUACCCAUUUCCAUUGUUGUGCUUUCUAAAAUGGCAUACCUAUACAAGGGUUCAAGUUUCGAUCGAUAUUUGCGGAGUGGAUCAUCCCUCUCGAAAACGCAGAUUUGAAGUUGUCCAUAAUUUACUGAGUACUCGGUAUAACUCACGCAUUCGUGUACAAACAAGUGCAGACGAAGUAACACGAAUAUCUCCGGUAGUCAGUCCAUUUCCAUCAGCCGGCCGGUGGGAGCGAGAAGUAUGGGAUAUGUCUGGUGUUUCUUCCAUCAAUCAUCCGGAUUUACGCCGUAUAUCAACAGAUUAUGGUUUCGAGGGUCAUCCAUUACGAAAAGACUUUCCUCUGAGUGGAUAUGUGGAAGUACGCUAUGAUGAUCCAGAGAAACGUGUGGUUUCUGAACCCAUUGAGAUGACCCAAGAAUUUCUCUAUUUCGAUUUUGCUAGUCCUUGGGAACAGCGUAGCGACGGAUAAUUCCGAAUCUACAUAGGUCUAGUCCAGGGGACAAAUCAAUAGGAAAUGCUAUUUGCUUCUGCGGAUCAUUGUGCAAUCCAAAAAAAAAUG